GGCCACGAUAUCAGCAACAAUCUCAGUUGACUUGUUGAUCAUUUAUGACACACUAGAUACAUGUACGAUUAGAUGCAGCAGGAUCAAACUGAACUAGACCAUAAGCAGUGGCACCGAGAUCAUUGAAUAUUUUCCUCAUCUAUGUGGAUAUGGUGAAAUGAUUCAGACAUACACCUUUCGGAUGCUUACCUGACAAGGGAACAUGAAGAUGUGGAGGAGCUUGUCCACUGUUCUUAUGAACACAACCGUCAUGUUGCUGGUUUCGUUCAGUGUGAUAAACACACAAGAACGAGGAAAACCAAAUGGAAAACAGGCUGACGACCAUAAAGGAAUGGCGCUAACUAAAAUUGAUUCUAUUGUCCAAGAGCGUCCAGAUGUUUUGGGACAAACAAUGUAUCAAAUAUCAGAUGUGAUAAGGUCAAAUAUUUUGAAAGAAAUCCUCAGUCCUUCUGCAGAGUCCAAAGCACCAACACCUCCAACACCAACCGAUCAUGAAACAAAUGCAUAUGGUUCGUUCCCAUCGUCAGAGCCACACACUACACCUGUGCAAAUCAUGCCCAAAAAUUCCUCCUCUUCCUCUUCAGAGCAGCAAACUACAUUUGUGACAGGUGGAAUAUCCUCCUCUUCAUUGUCAGAGACUACACCUGUGGCAACCGUCAUGCCCGCAGCCUCAACUGAAUCAACUACAUCACCUGAAACAUCUAGCCGCAAGGGAACUCCGCAAACUACCAAAGAUGAUAAUCACUCCACAGCAAUAUUCGGUUCUUUCACAUCUACUCAAGGUUCUCCAAGCUUGCUUCCCACAUUUCCUCAAAUGACCUCGCAGUUGAGUCAUACUUCUUCUGGAUAUAACACUGACACAACACCAAUCAAUCUGAAAACAACAUGGUCCUCUCUCACCAGAAAUGAACCAGCAACAACAAGUAUGUAUUUAUCUUUAAAACCACAGUUUCCAUCUGAAACAACUGUCACAUUUGAAGGAUCAACACCUAAUGAGUAUGAGACACAGUCAACUGAAACAAAACCAACAAGUCAAGAUACAUCAACAAAUGAAUUGUCCUCCUCUUUGGGUCAGCAGACCACAUUUGUGACAACAUUCAUGUCCACAGAAACAACUGAAUCUAACAUCUCACCUGAAACAUCCACUACAAUGGGAACUAUGCAAACGACCAAUAAUGAGCAUUCCACAGCAACAUUCAGUUCUCCCACUGAUACUGAACUAUCAUCAGGUGUGCCUUCAAUAUUUCCCCCAAUGACCACUCUGUUGACUGAAACAACAUUAAUUAAUCUGGAAACAACUCACUCCUCUGUAACCGGCCUUGAGCCAUCAACAACAGUCAUGCCUUCACCUUCAGAACCAGAGUUUACAUCUGAAACAGCAGUGACAUUUGGAAGAUCAACACCUAAUGACGACGAUACUGAGUCAAGCAGUCAGGAACCAUCAACAAGUGCAAUAUCAUCUUCAAAGUCACAUACAACUUCAAUGACUUCAAUUCUGCCCACAGAAUCACACACACCAAUUGAAGCAUCCACCACAAGCGGAACCAUCCAAACUACCGACAAAGAUCUAUCCACAGCAACAUUCAGUUCUUCCACAGAUACUGAAGUGUCUUCAGUUUUGUCUUCCACAUUGCCUCUAAUGACCACCCAGUUGACCCAUACUUCAUCUGACUAUAAGACUGACACAACACCAGUGAAUCUGGAAACAAUUAAAUCCCAUCUCACCAGCAAUCAACCAUCAUCAACGAGUACGUAUUCAUCUUCAGAACCAAAGUUUACAUCGGAAACAACCAGUUUGUACACAAAGCCUACUCAAACUAAACCAAACAGUCAUGAAACCUUAACAGGUGGAAUAUCUUCCUCUUCACUGUCAGAAACUAGACCUGUAGCAACCGUCAUGCCCGCAGCCUCAACUGAAUCAAAUACAUCACCUGAAACAUCCAGCCGCAAGGGCACUACGCAAACUACCAAUGAUGAUAAUCACUCCACAGCAAUAUUCAGUUCUUCCACAUCUACUCAAGUUUCUCCAAGCUUGCUUCCCACAUUUCCGCAAAUGACCUCCCAGUUGAGUCAUACUUCUUCUGGAUAUAACACUGCCACAACACCAAUCAAUCUGAAAACAACUUGGUCCUCUCUUACCAGCAAUGAACCAGCAACAAGUAUGUAUUUAUCUUCAAAACCCCAGUUUCCAUCUGAAACAACUGUCACAUUUGGAGGAUCAACGCCUAAUGAGUAUGACACACCGUCAACAAGGUUUUAUACAAUGUCAACUGAAACAAAACCAACAAGUCAAGAUACAUCAAGCGGAUCCAUCCAAUCUACCAACAAUGAUCUAUCCACAGCUACAUUCAGUUCUUCCACAGAUACUGAAGUGUCUUCGGGUUUGUCGUCCACAUUGCCUCUAAUGACCACCCAGUUGAGCCAUACUUCAUCUGAUUAUAAGACUGACACAACACCAGUGAAUCUGGAAACAACUCAAUCCUCUCUAACCAGCAAUCAACCAUCAUCGACGAGUAUGUAUUCAUCUUCAGAACCAACAUUUACAUCGGGAACAACCUAUUUGUACACAAAGCCAACUCUAACUAUACCAACCAGUCAAGAAACCUUAACAAGGGGAAUGUCCUCCUCUUCGCUGCCACAGACUACAGCUGUGGCGACCAUUAUGCCCACAGCAUCUACUGAAACAUCCACCCAUAAGGGAACUGUGCAAACUACCAAUGAAGAUAAUCAGUCCACAAUAAUAUUCAGUUCUUCCACAUAUACUCAAGUUUCUCAAAAUUUGCCUUCCACAUCCCCCCCAAUGAGUACCCAGUUGAGUCAAACCUCUUCUGGAUUUAACACUGAUACUACACCAAACAAUCAGGAAAAAACUCAGUCCUCACUUACCAGCAAUGAACCAGCAACAAUGAGUAUGUAUUCAUCUUCAAAACCACAAUUUACAUCUGAAACAACUGUCACAUUUGGAGGAUCAACGCCUAAUGAGUAUGACACAUCGUCAACAAGGUUUUAUACAAUGUCAACUGAAACAAAACCAACAAGUCAAGAUACAUCAAGCGGAUCCAUCCAAUCUACCAACAAUGAUCUAUCCACAGCAACAUUCAGUUCUUCCACAGAUACUGAAGUGUCUUCGGGUUUGUCGUCCACAUUGCCUCUAAUGACCACCCAGUUGAGCCAUACUUCAUCUGAUUAUAAGACUGACACAACACCAGUGAAUCUGGAAACAACUCAAUCCUCUCUAACUAGCAAUCAACCAUCAUCGACGAGUAUGUAUUCAUCUUCAGAACCAACAUUUACAUCGGGAACAACCUAUUUGUACACAAAGCCAACUCUGACUAUACCAACCAGUCAAGAAACCUUAACAAGGGGAAUGUCCUCCUCUUCGCUGCCACAGACUACAGCUGUGGCGACCAUUAUGCCCACAGCAUCUACUGAAACAUCCACCCAUAAGGGAACUGCGCAAACUACCAAUGACGAUAAUCACUCCACAAUAAUAUUCAGUUCUUCCACAUAUACUCAAGUUUCUCAAAAUUUGCCUUCCACAUCCCCCCCAAUGAGUACCCAGUUGAGUCAAACCUCUUCUGGAUUUAACACUGAUACUACACCAAACAAUCAGGAAAAAACUCAGUCCUCACUUACCAGCAAUGAACCAGCAACAAUGAGUAUGUAUUCAUCUUCAAAACCACAAUUUACAUCUGAAACAACUGUCACAUUUGGAGGAUCAACGCCUAAUGAGUAUGACACAUCGUCAACAAGGUUUUAUACAAUGUCAACUGAAACAAAACCAACAAGUCAAGAUACAUCAAGCGGAUCCAUCCAAUCUACCAACAAUGAUCUAUCCACAGCAACAUUCAGUUCUUCCACAGAUACUGAAGUGUCUUCGGGUUUGUCGUCCACAUUGCCUCUAAUGACCACCCAGUUGAGCCAUACUUCAUCUGAUUAUAAGACUGACACAACACCAGUGAAUCUGGAAACAACUCAAUCCUCUCUAACUAGCAAUCAACCAUCAUCGACGAGUAUGUAUUCAUCUUCAGAACCAACAUUUACAUCGGGAACAACCUAUUUGUACACAAAGCCAACUCUGACUAUACCAACCAGUCAAGAAACCUUAACAAGGGGAAUGUCCUCCUCUUCGCUGCCACAGACUACAGCUGUGGCGACCAUUAUGCCCACAGCAUCUACUGAAACAUCCACCCAUAAGGGAACUGCGCAAACUACCAAUGACGAUAAUCACUCCACAAUAAUAUUCAGUUCUUCCACAUAUACUCAAGUUUCUCAAAAUUUGCCUUCCACAUCCCCGCCAAUGAGUACCCAGUUGAGUCAAACCUCUUCUGGAUUUAACACUGAUACAACACCAAUCAAUCUGAAAACAACUUGGUCCUCUCUCACCAGCAAUGAACCAGCAACAAUGAGUGUGUAUUCAUCUUCAAAACCACAAUUUACAUCUGAAACAACUGUCACAUUUGGAGGAUCAACGCCGAAUGAGUAUGACACAUCGUCAACAAGGUUUUAUACAAUGUCAACUGAAACAAAACCAACAAGUCAAGAUACAUCAAGCGGAUCCAUCCAAUCUACCAACAAUGAUCUAUCCACAGCAACUUUCAGUUCUUCCACAGAUACUGAAGUGUCUUCGGGUUUGUCGUCCACAUUGCCUCUAAUGACCACCCAGUUGAGCCAUACUUCAUCUGAUUAUAAGACUGACACAACACCAGUGAAUCUGGAAACAACUCAAUCCUCUCUAACCAGCAAUCAACCAUCAUCGACGAGUAUGUAUUCAUCUUCAGAACCAACAUUUACAUCGGGAACAACCUAUUUGUACACAAAGCCAACUCUGACUAUACCAACCAGUCAAGAAACCUUAACAAGGGGAAUAUCCUCCUCUUCGCUGCCACAGACUACAGCUGUGGUGACCAUUAUGCCCACAGCAUCUACUGAAACAUCCACCCAUAAGGGAACUGCGCAAACUACCAAUGACGAUAAUCACUCCACAAUAAUAUUCAGUUCUUCCACAUAUACUCAAGUUUCUCAAAAUUUGCCUUCCACAUCCCCGCCAAUGAGUACCCAGUUGAGUCAAACCUCUUCUGGAUUUAACACUGAUACAACACCAAACAAUCUGGAAAAAACUCAGUCCUCACUUACCAGCAAUGAACCAGCAACAAUGAGUGUGUAUUCAUCUUCAAAACCACAAUUUACAUCUGAAACAACAGUGACAUUUGGAGGAUCAACACUUAAUGAGCACAACACAGAGUCGCCAAGUUUGAAUACAAAGUCAAUGCAGACUAAACCAACCAGUCAAGAAACCUCAUCAAGUAGAUUAUCCUCCACAUCUGAGCCACAGACAAAAUCUGUGACAACAAUUACGCCCACAGAUUCAAUAGAAUCAAACACAUCACCUGAAACCCCUACUAAGGUGCAAACUACUGACAAUGCUCACUCCACAGCAACAUUCAGUUCUUCCACAGACACUGCAAACUCUCACUUUAGUACUCCCUCAAGCACAGCUACAGUUACACCAACAAUCACCAUAUCUACCACAGUGGUCAACUCUGCUUCAACAACUACCAUCCAGACGGAAACCUCUGAUCCACCUACAACAGCAGACCACACAUCUUACACACUCUCUUCUAGCACCACACCUUCGACACGAUCCGCCAUUACACAUGUCGGGACGAAUGCCGCAGCAUCCACAGAAGUCCUCAUUACAACAUCUCCUACCGUUGCCGAGUCGCAAUCCACUCCCACAGCAACGGGUGAAUCCACGACCCCUCAGUGCAGAGACGAGGAUUGUCAUUGUUCGGCGGGCAACUGUACAUUCAGUACAGAACUUGGUCAGUGCCACUGCCUUUGCCAAGAUAAUACCUUUGGAGAAACCUGCACCUUUGGACAAAACUACACACCUGCUAAUAUUGAUUCUUCAGCAAUACCUUCUCGAAAAGUGAAUAUUACAUUGGACAUCAAGAUCGGUUUUACGGAUUCUUAUUAUGAUUUGCUCUCACCAGAGUCAAUACGUUUCAUCGACAAGUUACUAAAGGAGCUUGAAGUACUGUGCAAAACACCCAAUCCCCAAGCCUUUGAAAAAGUAGAAGUCAUCAAGUUACUACCAGGAAAUGUUAUUGAAGCAAGCCGAAAGAUGGAGCGCUCUCUGAACCGUGAACUCAAAAUCCCUUUUUUCAACACGCUAAUUAGGAAGUUAAAAUCUCUGCUGAAGAAAGCUGAUCCCCGAGUGGACGACAUAGAGUUGUCACCGAGUGGCGUUUCGGCCACAAGCCGAGCUCAGUACGCCUAUCAGAACAACGGCACGCAAAUCCACUGGCUCAACACUCAGCUCCAUGGCGAGUUAGAAAAAAUCCUGAACGAGCGCGAAAACAUCCAGCAGAUCUCUCAAGCCUUUGAUAACGCCAGCGUGCUGUUCAAGGAAGUCGCCCCCCAGACACCUGAGAUUAACAACAUCACAGAUAUUCAGCCCUUUGUCGACUGCUUGGCAUUUGCUAAUUACACUCCUGAGGUGAUUGAGGGUCAGUGGCAGUGCGUUGGACCCUGUAAGACGUCACCUGACUACUGCAAUGGACAUGGUCAAUGUCUCAAUGAUAUUCGCAAAGGGGCCGUGUGCAGUUGCUAUGAGUCGAACAUAAGGCAGUACUACGGCCCACGAUGCGAGCGCUACCGCUGGGGCCCGGCCUUCUACGGAGCUCUAUUCGGAUCACUGGCUGCGGUUCUGCUGCUCGUCGUGAUCGUCCUUCUCAUCGUCUUCCUGGUUAAAAAAGGCUGUUUUGGAACUUGGAAAGGGGCCGACUCCAGUGGAUUUAUAGAUUUCGAGGAAGACUACUUUGACUUCACAGACACAGGACAUCGCAAUUUGGGAUUGGCGGGUGGUUGCACAGCUGAAAGUUUCAGGCCGCGUCUGGAAAAUGUUGAUACACAAAUGCAGGUGAGAACAAAACGUCCCGAGGUGUUGAACGUCAGCUUUGGAUGAAGAUAAACUGCAAAAUCUAUAAUCAAUAGAUAUAUUUGAUUUAUGGCUUCGUAUUGUAUUCAGACUUUCAAAUUGGAAUAUAAUAACAUUAUUUUUUUUAUCCCAAGAUUUUAAAAAAUGUAACCAUACAACCAUAGAGUCAUAUUUUUCCACAUAAAAACACAUUCUUAUCUGAAAAAAAGUGAAUUUUUUUUCAAGGAAAUGAAUUCUUAAUCUCAUGAGAAAGAGUUCAAUUUUUUUCUUGAUAAAUAGUCAGUGUAUUAAGACAAUACAAACAUUUUAAAUACAAAAUAAUAACAUUAAAAGAAUAAAGUGAAUUUUAAGUGAAUGGAGUGAUAUUUUUUCAAAACUUGCAUAUUUUUCGACAGAAAAAAAUCAAAAGAAUACUAAUAUUUUUAUAGGACAAAGUCAUAUUUUUCCCUCAUAGAAAUUUGCAACAUAAGAAUCAAGUCAUAUUUUUUAGAACAUUUCCACAUAAAUACCCAUAGUAUCGUGAAUAAAGUAAAACAUUUCCAAGCCAAAAAGAUCGCAAUAUUAUGGCAUUAAUUUUAUAUAUUUUUUAAAUGCCGAUUAAGUCGAUAAAAAGUCAUAGUAUGAAAAGUCAUGAUUAUAAAACUGUAGUUUCAGGGAGUUUUAUUUUGAGAAUAGUUUAUUUUUUCAGAACAAAUUUAAUAUUCCAAAAUUAAUGUUUUUUUCCAUUUGUAUGAAAAUAAUAGUUUUUAAAAUGAAGUCACACUUUCUUUUAGAGAACAACAUCAUAUUAUAGUCUCAUCAAAAAAUUGGUUUAUUACAAUCAUUAAAAAAACAUCUUCCCUACUUUCCUCAUUAGCCCUCUUUCCAGUAACUUAAACAAUUAACAUAAUUAUAUGGUGAUUAUUAUUAUUAUUAUUAUUAUUGUUAUUAUUUUUGCCCAUUUUCAACAUCUCUGUUGUGAAAUUGUUACCGUAUUCAUUGUUGUAGCUUGAUCACUCCACAUUAUUUGCAUAACUGUUGUUGACUACUGCUGGCCAAUUACGUGCUUGAGGACUUGCUGCACCAUUUGCACAAUUGUCCUUGUAUCAGCAUGACCACAUUUCGGGUACCAUUACAUUGCGCAAUGAUUCGGCGUACUUGUCUUUUUAUGUCCUAAAAGUAUUUUUCUUGCCAGAUAUAUAUAUAUUAUAUAAUGAUGAUUCUGAUAUUAUAGGAAUGAAGUGAAGAUUUGUUUUAACCUUAUUAAAUUAUAAUUACUGUUGUGCCUUGA